GGCACGUUCUGGGGAAAGCCUCCUACCGAGGCGGGGAUGGCCAGUGGCCCCGUCCAGAGGGGGAAGGUUUUUCGAAGGGCUCCGCUUUGGCUGGGCGGCCGGCCACCCCUCGAUGCCCCCCAAAAAGGGAGGUGAUGGAAUUAAACCACCCCCAAUCAUUGGAAGAUUUGGAACCUCCUUGAAAAUUGGUAUUGUUGGAUUACCAAAUGUUGGGAAAUCUACCUUCUUCAAUGUACUAACGAAUAGUCAAGCUUCAGCAGAAAACUUCCCAUUCUGCACUAUUGAUCCAAAUGAGAGCAGAGUACCUGUGCCUGAUGAAAGAUUUGACUUUCUUUGCCAGUACCACAAACCAGCAAGCAAAAUUCCUGCUUUUCUAAAUGUAGUGGAUAUUGCUGGCCUUGUGAAAGGAGCUCACAAUGGGCAAGGCCUGGGAAAUGCCUUUUUAUCCCAUAUUAGUGCCUGUGAUGGAAUCUUUCAUUUAACACGUAAGUACAGUUGUUUAUUUAGUUGAUUGAUUUUAUUAUGA